ACAGAAGUUCCCCAUGACAUCACAGCACAGAGUGGUCAGGACGUGGAGAUGGCGUGCUCUUUCCGGGGGGCAGGCCCCUCCUACUCCCUGGAGAUCCAGUGGUGGUACAUCAGAAACCAUAGAGACUGGACAGAGAAACAGCCCUGGACCACCAAUCAGGUUGUACCCCAGGAUGAGAUGUCAAAGGAUGCUACCAAAAUAAGUGUGGUGAAGGUUGCCGGGAGCAACAUCUCCCACAAGCUUCGUCUGUCCAGCGUGAAGCCGUCUGACGAGGGCACAUACGAGUGCCGCGUGAUCGACUUCAGCGACACCGACAGCAACGCCCGCCACCACAAGGUGAGGGCCUACCUGCAGGUGGAGUCAGAGAGAAACCAGAACCCGAAGCUGCGCCACCAUGGAGAAAACUUCCAACCCCAGGACACCAAGGGCCUGGCGAGCAGCAGGCACCAGCCGGAGCAUGGCAAGCACUCGCCAGCAGCCCACCACAAACCAACAGGCACUGGCAGGGAGCUGAGGAAGAGGUCUGCUGAGACUGGCAGCGCUACUGACUGUACUGACAGCUGUCCUCUACACCUCACAGCUCACCCAUAG